AAUGUUGCACAUAAUCGAAGUUCAAGUAUAUCAACUUACCCCGCUUUUCACAAGUCGUGAGAGAAUGAAGCAAUUUCUUGCGAAAAAUCGUAUUAAUGAUGAUGUAAAUAUGUCUCAAGAAGUCC